CUUUAAUUGAUCUUGACUGGUUAGCGAAGCCCCCUUUCCCCUAACCUUCAAAUUACGUAGGUACCUAGGUACCUAAUUACAUACAUAUAUUCCCUUUCGACCUUUCACAGCAUCCCGCGUCCCGCGUCCUCAUGGAAACAAAGGAGGACAGGAUGAAUAAGGGGCUUUCUAUGCUUUUUUGAGUCGUUCAUCCGUUCAUUCACUUAUCUCUGCCGCUCAUUCAAUGCUUAUCGAUGCUCGCUAAAAGUCUUGUUAAUACCAACAGUCUGAAAUUACGCAUCCAACACUCCUUCGUCACUCCGUGGUCAACCACUUGAAACACAACACCUACGAUCCUUACUUCUUACCUACCUAAUCCGUAUAUAUCCUAUAUAACCUAUAUAACAUCUAUCAUCUUUAUCAUCUAGGCAAUCUCCAACUUGAGCAACUCAACACUUUGGCGACGUUGUUUCCUACGUAUAAGUGCCUGCUUACGAGCUAUCAUCGCCGCUCCGACUCUAGAAACCGGUCUACUUACCGCUAGAGAUUAUGCGGUCGACGAGAUAGUCUCGUAGCAGGUUGCAGCAGUUUACAGCAGUUUAUAUAGUUAUCUACCUAACUCACGACCCCUUGGCUGGUAUAACGGGGUUACCACACUCGCUUUGCAACCCAUACUACCUUCUACGAGGUAGCUGGUUUAUUCGACUAUAUUGCUUCACUGCUUAAUUAUCACGGCCCGAGGACGAGUCCUCGAUUAUCUAUCACGAUGCCUGCUAAAUCGCAUUUGAUGCUAGCCGCCGCGCUGUUCUCUUCCGUGUUCGUAUCUCCUGUCGCCGCUCAGCUACAGACCGAUUGCGAUCCCUUGAAGAAGACCUGCCCACCAGACCCGGCUCUGGGGACAAUGCAUUUGUUCAACUUCAACGCUACACCACCGGAACAUACGUUCAAUUUGACUGCUGGAACCGUCGACUACAACGUUGAUACAGGGGCUGCCUUCACAAUGCGCAAGAAAGGCGAAUCAGUAACCCUGAUCUCGAAUUUCUAUUUUUUCUUUGGGAAAACGGAAGUGUUCUUAAAAGCAGCAUCCGGUACCGGUGUGAUCAGCUCCAUUGUCUGGUCUUCCGAUGUUCUCGAUGAGGUCGAUUGGGAAUUCAAAGGAGGAAAUGCAACCCAUGCGUUUUCCAACUACUUUGGAAAGGGAAUGCCAGACUGGAAAAACGGAGGAGAUCAUCUUGUCGAAGGCGGGGUGCUGGACGAUUAUCACAACUACACUUGCGUGUGGACGAAGGAUAAACUAGAGUGGUGGCUAGACGGCGGGCUCCUCCGUACGCUGCUGCCCAAGGAUGCCAACAACACAUUAAACUACCCCCAAACGCCGAUGAAGCUUAGUCUCGGUAUCUGGGCCGGUGGCGAUCCGGACGGGCCGCAGGGAACUAUUGACUGGGCCGGUGGAGUUACGGAUUACUCUCAACCGCAUACGAUGUAUGUGAAGAGUGCUCUUGUCGAAGACUACUCCUCCGGCAAGGAGUAUUCCUACAGCGACCAGAGUGGGUCUUGGCAGAGUAUUAAGAUUGCGAGCGGCAACUCUACGGCGUUCGAGAAUAUCAACAAAGAACCAGAGAAGUCACUUUCUGAGAAAUGGAAUGAUCUUCCUUCUGGCACCAAAUCUGGUGUUUAUGCCGCUUCAGGCGGAGUUGGCGCUAUUCUCUUGGUUGCUUUGAUAUUCUAUUAUUUCAAGCAGAGACGUCGUGGUCAGCAAGAGGCUGCUCUUGCGGCUCAGCGACUCGAACAAGAUCGUGUAGAGCUAGAGAUGUACAAGAAGGAAGGGAGGGAUCCUGACGCGCUCGCAUUCGAUGGGACUGAGUACAAUUCUAAGAGCGGGAUGGCUUCUACGACCUACGGCUUGUCGGAUUCGCCUCCAGGAAGCUCUGCCGGUCCACCGCAGAAAACCUGGGAUCCGACAGGCUCAAGUGGCGCUGCUGCCAUGCCGCUGCUUCGUGACGAUACGAUGAGCACUUACAGAGAUAGUCCAGGUUCCGGCCCAACACCUCAAAUUCCGGCCCCAACUUCUACACCUCCGAUCAACCGUAGUUUCUCCUCCUCCUCCAACGCACCUGGGCGAAUGGGAUCUCCGGGACCCCAAGCCAACGCAUACGGGGCUUACGGAGGUGCCCGAUGAUAGGGUUGGAUUAUAAUGGCUGGACAAGGUGGACUUUGAUAUUUGCUAUCGCUAGGUUCACAAGGGUGGGAAGCUGACAGGUAGAUAGAUAAAUCUAGUCGGGAUAAUUGGGAGGCCUUUGCGUCGAGAACUCGGACAAAAGAGUUAGAAAUAUGCUGCUGUAUUAGAAGAAGUGUUCCGUUUUCGGCUGGCUACGAUAGGAUCAUGAGUGUUGUUUAAUCUUUCAAUACCCCGAUAGUUGGAUAUCUUGACAUUUCUCUACAAAUUUACAUGACAUAAAGCGCCGCAUUUCUGUAAUUCUAGUCGAUGUCAAAACGCGAUCGCCUCAAUUAUAAUCUGGAUGAUCCACUAUCAACCCCCUAUCUAGUUCUACGUAUGACGUUAGACUCCUUAGGUACUGGAUGAAAGAUGAAUAUAUAAGUAUUUCGGGUUUACAUAUAAGUCCGUGGUAGACUCAAAGAUAGCACGAGAAGCAAGUAUGAAUAUAUCUCAC